AUACACUUGUUGGCAAAGUAAAAUUACAAAAAAAAACCCCAAAACCUCUGUCCUGUAGAGUUAAAACUUGUACGGAGCCCUACCCUACCUAGCAACGAACGACGACUCGUUAAUAAACAAAGAAAGGAAGAGAAGGAAAGGUAAAAAGUGAGUUUCUUAGCUUGUUUGUCCAUCAAUUAAUCGAUCGGGAAAAUAUCGAUCAAGGUUUCAACUUGGAGCACCCGUUUCAAUAGCAAUGGAUGAUGCCAUGGAGACUGGUAGCUUGCCUCUUUACCAAGAUAGACCGAGAACCUUUCCCAACAUGCGCACUAAAUCUACCACACCUUUGAUUUUUCGGAUCCUCAUGAGAACAAAUGUUCGUCUUCUUUUUGUGAUUCUGUUCUUGGGAUUUGGAGCGAUUUUUUACAUUGGAGCUAGUACUUCACCGAUCAUUGUCUUAGUGUUUUCAAUUUGCAUUGUCAGUUUCGUAUUAUCUAUAUAUCUCACUAAGUGGGUACUUGGAAAGGAUGAAGGACCUCCUGAAAUGGUUCAGAUAUCAGAUGCAAUACGUGAUGGGGCAGAAGGGUUUUUUAAGACCCAAUAUGGGUCUAUCUCCAAGAUGGCAUUAUUGCUAGCAUUUGUGAUCUUUGGUAUAUAUAUGUUCCGUAGUACAACACCUCAACAAGAAGCUUCAGGCAUAGGGAGGUUAACUUCUGCAUCUAUCACCGUCUUCUCUUUUCUUCUAGGAGCUGUGUGUUCUGGUAUGGCUGGCUAUGUUGGCAUGUGGGUCUCUGUACGUGCUAAUGUUCGUGUUUCAAGUGCUGCAAGACGGUCUGCAAGAGAAGCUCUGCAGAUAGCUGUUCGUGCUGGUGGUUUCUCUGCCUUGGUGGUUGUUGGUAUGGCUGUAAUCGGUGUUGCAAUUCUGUAUUCCACAUUCUAUGUCUGGUUGGGAGUUGGCUUGCCAGGCUCAAUGAAGGUUACUGAUUUGCCUCUUCUUCUUGUGGGAUAUGGUUUUGGAGCUUCAUUCGUAGCCCUUUUUGCUCAGCUGGGUGGUGGAAUAUACACAAAAGCUGCUGAUGUUGGUGCUGAUCUUGUUGGAAAAGUGGAGCAGGGAAUUCCUGAAGAUGAUCCACGGAAUCCUGCUGUCAUUGCUGAUCUGGUUGGAGAUAAUGUUGGUGAUUGUGCAGCUCGAGGAGCUGAUCUGUUCGAAAGCAUAGCUGCAGAAAUAAUUAGUGCCAUGAUACUCGGAGGAACUAUGGCUAAGCGCUGCAAAAUUGAAGAUCCAUCUGGCUUCAUCUUAUUUCCUCUUGUUAUUCAUUCAUUUGAUCUCGUAAUAUCAUCGGUGGGAAUAUUUUCAAUACGUGGCACACGUGAUCCUGGAGCGAUCGGUGCUUUAGAGGAUCCUAUGAUGAUACUUCAGAAAGGAUAUUCUGUUACAAUACUUUUAGCGGUUUUGACUUUUGGUUUGUCCACAAGGUGGUUGCUGUAUACGGAACAAGCUCCUUCGGCUUGGUUAAACUUUGCUCUAUGCGGUUUGGUUGGAAUCAUGACAGCUUACAUUUUUGUCUGGAUUACUCAGUAUUAUACCGACUAUAAACAUGAGCCUGUACGCAAAUUAGCUCUUUCCAGCUUAACAGGUCACGGGACUAAUAUAAUUGCGGGCAUUAGCUUGGGUUUAGAGUCUACUGCUCUUCCCGUCCUUGUAAUAUGCAUAUCUAUUAUUUCUGCUUUCUGGUUGGGCCAGACCUCUGGAUUGGUUGAUGAGGCCGGAAAUCCAACAGGUGGAUUGUUUGGGACUGCAGUAGCGACAAUGGGUAUGCUUAGCACUGCAGCCUAUGUUCUCACCAUGGACAUGUUUGGCCCAAUAGCAGAUAAUGCUGGUGGAAUUGUUGAGAUGAGUCAGCAGCCUGAGAGUGUUCGGGAGAUCACUGAUAUUUUGGAUGCAGCUGGAAACACCACAAAAGCAACCACCAAGGGGUUUGCAAUUGGAUCUGCUGCACUUGCAUCUUUCCUUUUGUUCAGUGCGUAUAUGGAUGAGGUAGCAUCAUUUGCUCAUACCUCGUUUACACAGGUUGACAUCGCUAUUCCAGAAGUCUUUGUGGGUGGAUUGUUGGGCUCUAUGCUUAUUUUCCUUUUUAGUGCUUGGGCCUGUGCUGCAGUUGGGAGGACUGCCCAGGAGGUUGUUAACGAAGUAAGAAGGCAGUUUAUUGAGCGGCCAGGCAUCAUGGACUACAAGGACAAACCUGAUUAUGGGAGAUGCGUUGCAAUCGUUGCCUCUGCAUCUUUGAGGGAGAUGAUAAAGCCUGGAGCUUUGGCCGUUCUAUCACCUAUAGUUAUUGGCAUCCUGUUUCGGAUUUUGGGUUACUACACAGGGCAUCUUUUACUCGGGGCUAAAGUUGUGGCUGCGAUGUUGAUGUUUGCUACAGUUUCUGGCAUUCUCAUGGCUCUUUUCAUGAACACUGCUGGUGGUGCAUGGGAUAAUGCUAAAAAGUAUAUUGAGACUGGAGCUCUUGGAGGUAAAGGAAGUGACAGCCACAAAGCAGCAAUUACUGGCGACACUGUAGGUGACCCAUUCAAAGACACGGCUGGCCCUUCUCUUCACGUUCUUAUUAAGAUGCUUGCAACUAUAACACUGGUUAUGGCUCCAGUCUUUCUGUGAAGUCCUCAGUUUGGCUGCAUAUAUAUAUAUGAUAUGAUGAAUAUACAAUCACAUAGGGACUAGGGUGCCUUGAGGAGCUACAAUAUUUUGUAAUGCCGGUUUUGUUUUCUUGUUUGUCCUUGCUGAACUUGGAAGCAAUAUCUAUGUGAAAGAUGAUGAGAAAUGGGUGGCAGAUCUCUAUUUAUGGCAUACAAAGAAAUAUUGGUAGACUUGAGUUUCCUUUCAGUUUUUUCUCCCUGCAGAUGAAUCAUCUUUUUUUUAGUGUUAAAAUUUGAUUUUUAUGGCAUUUGAAGCAACUACUAGUAGGCCUGCCCAUUAAGUUUGUAUCUAUCCGUAGAAUAUCACCAUUACUCGGUUAUUUGAAGGGCAAUAUGGGACCAAGUUUCGA